UUUUUCCUCUCCAACAGACAGCUGUUUUCAAUGUCAGCAAAUGCCCAACAUCAGCUCUGUGAGUGAGUUCCUCCUGCUGGCAUUUGCAGACACAUGGGAGCUGCAGCUCCUGCACUUUGUGCUCUUCCUGGGCAUCUACCUGGCUGCCCUCCUGGGCAACAGCCUCAUCCUCACCGCCAUAGCCUGCAACCACCGCCUCCACACCCCCAUGUACUUCUUCCUCCUCAACCUCGCCCUCCUUGACCUGGGCUGCAUUUCCACUACUCUGCCCAAAGCCAUGGCCAGUUCCAUCUGGGACACCAGGGCCAUCUCCUAUCAAGGGUGUGCUGCACAGAUCCCUUUCUUUCUGUCCUUUAUAUCAGCAGAAUAUUUUAUUCUUACUGUCAUGGCCUACGACCGCUACGUUGCCAUCUGCAAGCCCCUGCACUACGGGAGCCUCCUGGGCAGCAGAGCUUGUGCCCAGAUGGCAGCAGCUGCCUGGGGCAGUGGCUUUCUCCAUGCUCUCCUGCACACGGCCAAUACGUUUUCCCUUCCCCUGUGCCAAGGCAAUGCUGUGGAUCAGUUCUUCUGUGAGAUCCCACAGAUCCUCAAGCUCUCCUGCUCCAGCUCUAAUCUCAGGGAAAUUGCACUUCUUGUGCUUAGUGGUGCUUUGGCCUUUGGUUGUUUCAUUUCCAUCGUGUUCUUCUAUGUGCAGAUCUUAAGGGCUGUGCUGAGGAUGCCCUCUGAGCAGGGCCAGCACAAAGCCUUUUCCACGUGCCUCCCUCACCUGGCCGUGGUCUCCCUGUUUGUCAGCACUGCCCUUUCUGCCUACCUGAAGCCCCCCUCCAUCUCUUCCUCAUCCCUGGACAUUGUGGUGGCAGUUCUGUACUCGGUGGUGCCUCCAGCACUGAACCCCGUCAUCUACAGCAUGAGGAACCAGGAGCUCAAGGAUGCCUUGAGGAAAGUCUUCGGAUACAUGCUUAUCCAACAUUGA